AUGGGUCGUAUACCGCUUCUUUCCGCGGAGCAACAAGUGAGCUUUCGAGCUUUCGAGGCUGCUUUAGCAGCAGUCAACUCGGGCCUUCUGGUAGACAAAUCGCUUCGCUUGGAAGGAACGAAACUAUUCGUAUUUGAUGAGUGCUACGAAUUCGCGGGCCGUUUAUUCGUCCUUGGGAUUGGUAAAGCUGCAUACGAAAUGGUUAGAGUGGUAUGGGAACGGCUCAAUGAAAGGAUUACUCAAGUAAUCAUAAGCGUUCCGCAGCCAAACGACGACGAACUCUCUGAGGAUUAUCGCAAUUUUCUGAAAAAUCACCGCGUCCGUGUCUUCCAUGGUCCUAGGACGAACCUCCCCAACUUAGAAGUUCUUCGUGCAUCCGAGUUAGUAGCCGAAACUGCGGCGUCGUUAUCACAUGAGGAUAUGCUUUUAGUGUGCAUCUCCGGUGGUGGCUCUGCCAUGCUCACUUUACCAAAGCGGACACCAGGUACCGGAGAUCGCCUGCCUCUAGAUGACGUACUGUGCACAGUCAAACUAGUUUCUGCAGCUGGGGCCGACAUAUGUGAGCUGAAUUCGGUCAGAAGUUUCCUGGAUGAGCUGAAAGCUGGUGGUCUCUCUACUUUGGCUUACCCAGCACAAGUCAUCAGUCUAAUUGUUUCUGAUGUUAUCGGCGACCCGAUUCGAUUCAUCGCCAGUGGACCAACGUACCUCGAUGCAGACUGUUCGGAAAGCGCUCAACUACAACAAUGUAUGGCGGUACUCAACCGUUAUCAUUUGCUCGAUAAGAUUCCCGUAACCAUUCGAUCUUUUCUGGACACGGGGUGCAAAUCGGAGAACUCAGUCGAGAGAAAGCAUCGAGCGGACAAUUGGAUCAUCGGAAACAGUAUGGUUGCCCUGCGCACUAUAGUUAACAGUGUCAAUGAUGCGACCCUAAACGAUGUACUUCUCACACCAGUACUCUUAACGGAUGAACUGAGUGGAGAUGCCUGCGAAAAAGCCCAAGUCUUGGCCGAGCUGAUCCUGUCCACCGCUUCCCAUCUGAAGUGGCUGUUUGAUACCCAGGCGAUCAUAGAAAGUUCUGCAACGAUAGAAGACGAUGCGUCCGUCCAUGUAUCGCAGAGCAUAUCAUCACCCUAUGAACAGCAAUUGGAGCUUCUAAUAUCAUUACUGGUUCCGAAAUUACCUGUGUUACAAUCUAUAUUGCGUGCAUGCGCCGAUGCUACCAAUCGCAAAAGGAACACACCAACCUGCAAAUCCUUUGGCGUGUGCUUUGUCUUAGGAGGCGAGGCAACUGUGCGUGUGAAACAGCUGGACGGUUCGAUCCCAACCAAAGGAGGACGAUGCAGCCAUCUGGCCCUGCAGUGUGCCGUACGCUGGUACGAGUUAAUGAACGGCCGAGAAGGCUAUGAGGGAAUGCAUUGUGGAUUGUUAGCGGGAGCUUCAGACGGCUUAGAUGGACCUGGCGCUUACGGUGGUGGUGUCUGGGUGAGCACGUCGCCCGUUUCAACGAUUGCCACAGAAGACGCGUAUCACGAAGCUGUGCAAUCCUUACAAACGUACAACUCAUAUGAAUUCUUCCAAAUUCACGGGCCGAAUUGCAUUAUUCCUGCGAGACUGACAAACACAAAUGUGAUGGACAUAUUCAUAGCAACUGCAGUAAUCUAUGCGGAUCAGCAUACCGCACGCGCAUCCCUUUAA